UUGUGACGUGUCUUGUUCAAUAGGUAAGAAAUUCGCAUUUUUCCCUUAUAAUCUUGUUUCUUGAGGCCUUAUUUUCACCCUGUUGUGUAGUAAAAUCGCCGGUUGCUUUAUUCACGCGAAUUAUUGCCGGUUUUAGAAACGCCGGCACACGUUAGGGCGUAGCACCUGUUAUGUUUUGUGGAUAGUUAUUUUUAACGUUGCAAGUGGUUGUUUGUAGUAAAUUCAACAUUGAAUUCGAGUCGUUUGAUCUCGAGCCAAAAGUAAUAAUAAAUUUGCUCGACACGCCGCCUUCAAAAUUUUAUCAAUGGGUGACGUAGAGGUGGGGCUAUUUCGGGCGCCCCAACAAUACUGUUAUCAAUCGAGAUCGAAGUAAUUUCUGCUGUAAAAAUAAAAUCAUGAAAAAUUUUAUAGAUAAAGUAUGUCAGAAUGUGGAUGCGGCCGUCGGAAAGGGGGAAGGGGGGCAAAAUCGAUGAAGAACACCAUAUAUGGCGAUGUUUCUCGCCAUUGGCUUGCGGCUUGCGCACAAACCGGGGUGGGGCGAACAAUUAUAUAAAUGUUGAGGAACUUUUCGAAAUCAGACAUUACGGUCUUGUGAUAUUGCAGUGCACGAUAGCACAAAUAACAAAUUAUUUAUAUAUUUAUACUUUUCUACCAAACCAAAUACUAACUAAUCCGACAAAAUGUGCGACGAAGAAGUAGCCGCAUUAGUAGUGGACAAUGGAUCCGGUAUGUGCAAGGCCGGUUUCGCCGGUGACGACGCGCCCCGCGCGGUCUUUCCCUCCAUCGUGGGUCGCCCGAGACAUCAGGGCGUGAUGGUGGGCAUGGGUCAGAAGGACUCGUACGUGGGCGACGAGGCCCAGAGCAAACGUGGUAUCUUGACUCUGAAAUACCCCAUCGAGCACGGUAUCGUGACGAACUGGGACGACAUGGAGAAAAUCUGGCACCACACCUUCUACAACGAGUUGCGUGUGGCGCCGGAAGAGCACCCGGUGUUGCUCACGGAAGCCCCGUUGAACCCUAAAGCCAACAGGGAGAAGAUGACCCAAAUCAUGUUUGAAACCUUCAACACCCCCGCCAUGUACGUCGCUAUUCAGGCCGUGCUUUCUCUGUACGCUUCCGGUCGUACCACCGGAAUCGUCUUGGACUCCGGUGACGGUGUAUCCCACACCGUGCCGAUAUACGAGGGUUACGCUCUACCCCACGCUAUUCUGCGUCUGGAUUUGGCCGGUCGCGACUUAACCGACUACUUGAUGAAGAUUUUGACCGAGAGAGGUUACUCCUUCACUACCACGGCUGAAAGGGAAAUCGUUCGCGAUAUUAAAGAGAAACUCUGCUACGUCGCUUUGGACUUUGAGCAGGAAAUGGCCACCGCCGCGUCUUCCUCCUCUUUGGAGAAGAGCUAUGAGCUCCCCGACGGUCAGGUGAUCACCAUCGGCAACGAGAGAUUCCGUUGCCCUGAGGCUCUCUUCCAACCGUCGUUCUUGGGGAUGGAGGCUUGCGGCAUCCACGAGACCACUUACAACUCCAUCAUGAAGUGUGACGUGGACAUCCGUAAGGAUCUGUACGCCAACACCGUUUUGUCAGGUGGUACCACCAUGUACCCGGGGAUCGCCGACCGCAUGCAGAAGGAGAUCACCGCGCUGGCCCCGUCGACGAUGAAGAUCAAGAUCAUCGCGCCCCCCGAGAGGAAGUACUCCGUCUGGAUUGGUGGAUCCAUCUUGGCGUCCCUGUCCACCUUCCAGCAGAUGUGGAUCUCCAAGCAGGAGUACGACGAGUCCGGCCCCUCCAUCGUGCACAGGAAGUGCUUCUAA